UUGAGACCGCAUUACCAAAAUCCAAUCAGCUAUUGGUGUCUGGCUUUUGGUCUCCCCCAACCCGCCCCCCACAAAGGAUCCAGCCGGACUGAAACAUCCCAUUUGUCUGAGAGACAGAGUGAGGACUCCAUGGCGGCUUCGAAGCUCCAAGCGCUCUGGAACCACCCGGCCGGACCCAAAACUAUUCACUUUUGGGCACCAACCUUCAAAUGGGGCAUCAGCAUAGCUAACGUUGCUGACUUCUCCAAACCACCUGAAAAGCUUUCGUAUCCUCAGCAAAUAGCGGUUACAUGCACUGGAAUUAUCUGGUCACGUUAUAGCACAGUAAUCACUCCGAAGAAUUGGAACCUUUUCAGUGUCAAUGUUGCAAUGGGCACAACAGGGCUCUACCAACUUUCACGCAAAAUACGGCACGACUAUUUCUCUGAGCCAGAAGCAGCCGUUGCAAAUGAUGACUGAGAAGUCCUAAACUUCCUUUUGCCUCCUUGCAUUUGUUGAUUAUCAAUGUACUUGUAUACCAUCAAAAAAUAAGUGAGCUCUUGAGCAUCCAAGUUUCCCAACUUGAUUGAUAAAAAUUUUCAAUACGUCUGAGAGGCAUUUGUUUUCUGUUUGAAA